AUGGCAGUACUUCGUAAGAGAUGGGUUGGUGGCAACUGGAAAUGCAACGGUUCUACUGAGUUGGUAUCAACUCUCUCCAAGGCCUUUGACGCUGUUGACUUCGAUGGAAGCAAGUUGGACGUGGUACUCUUCCCUAGCAGUUUGUUCAUUACGAAGGCUUUGGAGCAUUUCGACGCUAAAAGGUACAAGAUCGGCGUGCAGAACUUCUCUCAAGCCAAAUGCGGUGCUUUCACUGGUGAAUUAGCUGUUCCUAUGCUCUCUGGGCUUGGUUUGGAGUGGUCUUUAAUUGGUCACUCUGAACGCCGCAGCCUGUUUGGAGAGACCGACGCAAUUGUUGCUAAGAAGGUGGAAAUAGCACAACAGACUAAGCUACACGCCGCUGUAUGUAUUGGAGAGAACCUUGGUGAACGUGAAGAAGGUCGUGUUAGCGAGGUAUUGACACGUCAACUAGAUGCAUUCGUAGGGUCGGUAACCAACUGGGACCUCGUAGUAAUUGCUUACGAACCAGUAUGGGCUAUCGGCACAGGCAAGGUAGCUACAUCUGCUGAAGUGCAGGAAGCCCAUCAGAUGGUAAGGGACUACCUUACAGAGAAACUUGGCGCUGUGGCUGAAACUGUGCGUAUCGUCUACGGAGGCUCUGUCAACGAAAAGAACUGCCACGAGCUGCUCCAGGUCCCAAACAUGGACGGUUUCCUGGUAGGGGGAAAGUCGAUUACUCCGGAAUUUUCUGAGAUCAUUGCUGCGGCCUACAGCCAGCAGUAG